GCCCCGUGCCGGUCGCUGGGCCGGGGCCGGGGCCGCACCCGCGGGGUCCGGGUUCGGGGCCGGGGCCGGCUCCGUGUCCGCGGUCGCUGCCGGUGCCGUUGUUCCCGGGGCCGGUGGCUCGGUGCCCGCCGCCAUGUUCGACUGCCUGGAGGCGCUGGCGGGGCCGCGGCGGCUGCACGACGUGACGAACCGCGGGGCCUGCGCGCUGCGCAAGGCGGGGUACGGGCCGCGCUGCGGGGCCCUGCCGCCCUUCGCCUGGCCACCGCCCGCCCGCCGCGCUGUGGAGACACCGAGCCGCAGUGGGGAGGAGAUGGUGCCCAGCUCGCCCUCGCCGCCCCCCCCGCCCCGCGUCUACAAGCCCUGCUUCGUCUGCAGCGACAAGUCCUCGGGGUACCACUACGGCGUCAGCUCCUGCGAGGGCUGCAAGGGCUUCUUCCGCCGCAGCAUCCAGAAGAACAUGGUGUACACGUGCCACCGGGACAAGAACUGCCAGAUCAACAAGGUGACGCGCAACCGGUGCCAGUUCUGCCGCCUCCAGAAGUGCUUCGAGGUCGGCAUGUCCAAGGAAGGUGCGCCCCGGGGCCUGGGGGGGGGCCUGGGUUAG